GGCGAUAUUUUCUUAAUGAUCGCGCGUGUGGAGUAGCUGCCGGGGUCGUUGAAAUUUUAUGGAAAUCGCUUAUAAUUUGAAGCAAUGGCUGCCAAAAGAAAGCCAGAUGCGCAGAUCCCAGAGGAGGAAAGUGACCGUUUGAUUGUCCGACCAUUGGGUGCUGGACAAGAGGUCGGGAGGUCAUGCAUAAUGCUCGAAUUCAAGGGAAAGAAAAUUAUGCUUGACUGUGGAAUCCACCCCGGUCGUGAUGGCAUGGACUCUCUACCUUACUUUGAUCUCAUUGACCCUGAAGAGAUAGACCUACUUCUUGUUAGCCACUUUCACUUAGAUCACUGUGGAGGUCUGCCGUAUUUUCUAAAGAACACUCAGUUUCGUGGACGAGUUUUUAUGACCCAUGCAAGCAAAGCUAUUUACAGAUGGAAUCUCUCGGAUUAUGUCAAAGUCAGUAACCUGUCAGCAGAGCGUAUGCUGUACACCGACGCAGACCUCCAGACGAGCAUGGACCGGAUCGAAACAGUUAAUUUCCACCAGGAAGUCGAUCUAAAUGGGAUACGUUUCUCAUGUUUCCAUGCCGGUCAUGUCCUGGGGGCCUGUAUGUUCCUGAUAGAGAUUGCUGGUGUCAAGAUACUGUAUACAGGUGAUUUCUCACGCCAAGAGGACCGGCAUCUGAUGCAGGCCGAGUUGCCCAAUAUCAAACCAGAUAUUCUCAUUACAGAAUCCACCUACGGCACUCACAUACAUGAGAAACGGGAAGACCGAGAGGCCCGAUUCACAAGCACGGUUCACGACAUAGUCAACAGAGGAGGGCGCUGUUUAAUACCCGUCUUUGCCCUGGGGCGAGCACAGGAGCUUCUUCUGAUUCUUGAUGAGUAUUGGUCAAAUCACCCUGAGCUGCAUGAUAUACCAAUCUACUAUGCCUCAUCUCUGGCUAAGAAGUGCAUGGCCGUCUACCAAACAUAUAUAGAUGCUAUGAAUGAGAAGAUACGAAGACAGAUCAAUGUUAGCAAUCCAUUUGUAUUCAAGCACAUUUCAAACCUACGUGGGAUGGACCACUUUGAUGACGUCGGGCCGUCUGUUGUCAUGGCGAGCCCUGGUAUGAUGCAGUCUGGCCUGUCGAGGGAGCUGUUCGAGAACUGGUGCACGGACCGGCGUAACGGUCUCAUUAUCGCUGGUUACAGUGUGGAAGGCACUAUGGCAAAGCAUGUGAUGUCAUCGCCCGAGGAGAUCCAGACUCUUAGCGGUCAGAAGGUUCCACUGAAGAUGUCCGUUGACUACAUCUCAUUCUCUGCUCACGCUGAUUAUGAACAGACAUCAGAGUUCAUCAGAGCUCUUAAACCUCCUCAGAUUGUUUUGGUCCAUGGUGAAGCGAAUGAAAUGAGUAGAUUGAAAGCUGCGAUUCUGAGGGAAUACGAGGACGACGACGAGUAUAACAUCCAGGUUCAUAACCCUCGCACUACCCAAGCUGUUGAGCUCUACUUCAGGGGAGAGAAAAUGGCAAAGGUGAUGGGUAGCCUCGCAGCUCAGCGCCCAAGGCACAAUAGCAAGAUAUCGGGGAUCCUUGUCAAGAGAAACUUUAACUAUCACAUCAUGGCCCCAUCAGACUUAUCAGAAUACACGGAUCUAGCUGUUAGCAAUGUUACCCAACGCCAGAGCAUCGCCUACCAUGCCCCGCUCUCUCUUCUCACGCACUACCUCACCCAGUUGUCGACCGACCUGGAAUAUACGGAGCUCAACGACAAGCCCGCUCUCCGUAUCUUCGGUGAAAUCAACAUUGUCCAUGACCCAGCUGCCAGGAUUAUAACAUUAGAGUGGGUAGCCAAUGCUGAGAAUGACAUGUACGCUGAUGCUGUCAUGACGGUCGUAGUGAGGGUUGCUUCCGAUCCAGACGCUCAAAAAUUCAAGCAGUUACCAGCCAAAAACGAUAGCCAGGUAUUCAGCGAACGUCUCAUGGUCCUACUGAGGGAUAUGUUCGGCCAGAGUACUGUUACAAACUUCCCUGACAGUGAUGAUCUGCUGGUCUGUAUGGACGGCAAAGAAGCACAAGUCAACAUCGAAUCACUGGAGGUGAAGUCUGAGGAUAAGCAACUGAAGUCCAUGGUCACAACUGCUAUGAAAAGAUUGCAUGAAGCGAUUGACCCUGUUGCUAUCGUCAGCUAGAAGAUGGCAACUACAAAAGCUGUUAUAGAUCUAGGGACCAAAAAUCUUCAUAUUACCUCCCAUGGAGGGAAGUGAUAAUUUAGAACACUGUGGACCAAGAAUCAUGGUGAUGAUUGCUCAGAAGAGAAUUCAGGGACCUAUCGACCAUGCUGAUAUCAAUUCUUAUCAGCACAAAUCGUCAAGAUUUCUGACAAGGAAGGCUGUAAUAAGCAUCAAUAUCAAAAAGCUUGAUGUUGCGGUUCCAUAUUUGCUCCAGUGACGAUUGCUCUGCUGCAAAUUCCAUACGUUAUUGGAAUGACCAACUUCAAGCCUGGAUUGAAAACUAGACCUUAUUCUAAACCUGAUCCUAAACCUGUCAUAAAAUCCUAUUGCAACCCUAACCCUUCAUCUGAACAAAAUAAAACUCUGAGCAAUUGUCGCAGGAGAAAAGGUUGUGUCACCGGAUGGUACACCAUAAGGUCAAAGAACUGAUUUCAAGCUUCAUGCUAUUGGCCGAUAUGAAAUGAGGAGGUUAUAUGAAACAUUUAACUUUGAUGCUAUCAGCACCUGGAAGGUCAUCGAGGUUGAACUGCUUCAAAGACCACUUCUGCUGCUCUUACCCUUUCUGAGUUUGGAGGAAAGAGUAUGAAUAUUUGACCAUUUUGAGCUGUUGUUUCAAAAUUAUAUUAUUUUUUUAGAUGUUACCACACAUUCCUUUGGAAAUGAGUUUGGGAGGUCUGAAAAAGGCAUGAAAACUCACCUACUGUCAGUAAUGUCCAUUGUCUUGUUAUGAGCUACUGAAAAUCCUUGUAUCUGAUUGACUGAGAGCAAAUCAGUGCAAACAAGCAACCAAAUCUUUAUGAAAUGCCUCCCUGAACUGAAGCAUAUUUAAUAAAAAUUACCACUAUGUCCUGAAAGAGAAUUUCCUGUUCUUUUACAAGGUUUUUGUUCUAAUGGGAAGUCAUAAAGGCAUUAUUUUACAAAAUUAGAAUUUGAAGGGUAAAGUUUUGCAACCUGGAACCCCCACACCGUCGUAGGAGAGAAGUAACUUUAAGGAAAGUUGACUUGUGAUGUGUCACACGUAAGAAAUACUUCAAAAUGGUCACAUUGUUCAUGAAAUUCUGCAAAUUCAUAAAUUUUCAGAUAAUGACUGUUGUAAAAACCUCUGUAUUGUACAAGUACUCUAAACAGAUGUAAAUAUAUUUUUGUUCUUAUUAUUAAAUGAGUAUGAAAA